GAACGUUGAAACAUACUUGCAAGAUCAAUAAAUUAUAAACCCUAACGUCUCAAUCUGAGUUCUCGUUCCGCCAAAACCUGGCCAAAGGGAUGAGCCCGCUCUAUACUUACCUGCGUUCGUGGCACGGUGUACGUUCCUCGGUCUCUGAGUUUCAAUUUAUUCUAAGCACAACAAGCAAAGACUCGCAUUCGUUUUCUAGUUUGGUCGAACUGGGCAGACUGUUGUUUUAGUGGAGCCAUGGUUGUGAACAAUCCAGAAUGCAUUUCGGGUUAAGGGUUCUGGGGAUCGUUAAGUUCGUUUCGACUCUGUCUAGACUCAGGUGUAAGAGUGCAGAUGAAGCUCUGUCUUGGUUCCUGCGUGUUUCUAUCUCCGAUGGCGGAGAGUUCAGAAAAUGGGGAGGAGUUUGGUCCAAUUACUUGGUUGCUGGGCGGAGAAGUUUUUGUGGAUACGCGGCAGAGCAGUUCUCGGACGAUGAAUACGAAUGCGAUUUCGAGAAUCAUCAGGCAUCUUCCUCAGUGGUCAAUAUUGAUGAAUGGAAAUGGAAGCUUAGCUUGCUUUUACGCAGUGAAAAAGAUCGAGAGAUAAUUUCUAGGGACAAAAGAGAUAGGAGAGACUAUGAGCAGAUUUCUAACAUAGCCAAAAGGAUGGGACUAUACAGUGAAAUGUAUGGAAAAGUGGUGGUUGCAAGCAAAGUUCCUCUUCCCAAUUAUAGGCCAGAUCUUGAUGACAAGCGCCCACAAAGAGAGGUGGUUAUCCCACUUGGCUUGCAAAGGAGAGUUGAAGGCCUACUUCAGGAACACCUUGACAGAAUGCAAUUAACUUCUGGACAGGACAGAAAUAAUUCAGUUGAUGAUAAGGUCAUUAGUCAGAUGGAAGAUGUGAGCCAGUAUGAGAACCCAGAUUCUUUUCUUGAUGGGUCAGUGAUGGAAAAGGUUCUUCAGAGGAGGAGUUGGCGAAUGCGUAAUUUGCAGAGAGCUUGGCAGGAAUCACCAGAGGGAAAGAAGAUGUUGGAGUUCAGGAAAUCUCUUCCUGCAUACAAGGAAAAGGAAAGGCUGCUAUCUGCAAUUGCACGGAAUCAGGUCAUUGUGAUAUCUGGAGAGACUGGAUGUGGAAAAACCACCCAACUCCCUCAGUAUAUAUUAGAAUCAGAGAUAGAGUCUGGCCGUGGUGCGUUCUGUAAUAUUAUCUGUACACAGCCUCGAAGAAUAUCUGCUAUGGCUGUUUCUGAAAGAGUGUCCGCAGAAAGAGGAGAGCCUCUUGGUGAAUCAGUUGGUUACAAAGUUCGAUUAGAAGGAAUGAAGGGAAAAAACACCCACCUGCUUUUUUGUACCAGUGGUAUUCUGCUCAGGAGGUUGCUUAGUGACAGGAAUUUGAAUGGUAUAACCCACGUUUUUGUAGAUGAAAUUCAUGAGCGAGGCAUGAAUGAAGACUUCCUUUUGAUUGUACUGAAAGAUCUUCUUCCUCGUCGACGGGAUUUGAGACUGAUUUUGAUGAGUGCCACUCUGAAUGCGGAGCUUUUUUCAAAUUAUUUUGGAGGGUCACCAAAAGUUCACAUUCCAGGCUUUACAUACCCAGUAAGAGCACACUUUCUGGAGGAUGUAUUGGAAAUGACUGGAUACAAGUUCACCUCAUUCAACCAAAUUGAUGAUUAUGGUCAGGAGAAACUAUGGAAAACACAAAGGCAGCUAGUGCCAAGGAAGAGAAAAAACCAGAUAACUGCACUUGUUGAGGAUGCUCUUAACAAGUCAAACUUUGAGAACUAUAGCUCCAGGACACGGGAUUCUUUGUCAUGUUGGACACCUGAUUGCAUAGGAUUUAAUCUUAUUGAGGCAGUUUUGUGCCAUAUAUGUCGUAAGGAACGUCCUGGUGCAGUGUUGGUAUUUAUGACAGGAUGGGAAGAUAUUAGUUGUCUACGGGAUCAACUUAAGGCUCAUCCACUUUUGGGUGACCCCAACAGAGUUCUGUUGCUCACAUGCCAUGGCUCAAUGGCUACAUCUGAACAGAAACUAAUAUUUGAGAAGGCACCUCCUAAUGUGCGAAAAAUAGUUCUUGCUACUAACAUGGCUGAGGCAAGCAUAACAAUCAAUGAUAUAGUUUUUGUUGUAGAUUGUGGAAAAGCAAAAGAAACCACAUAUGAUGCUUUGAACAACACACCUUGUCUACUUCCUUCAUGGAUAUCUCAAGCAUCUGCUCGCCAAAGGAGGGGCAGAGCUGGACGUGUGCAACCAGGAGAGUGCUAUCACCUUUAUCCUAGAUGUGUUUAUGAAGCCUUUGCUGAAUAUCAACUUCCUGAACUUUUGAGGACUCCUUUGAACUCUCUUUGUUUGCAAAUAAAAUGUUUGCAGCUUGGAUCUAUAGGGGAAUUCUUAUCUGCUGCAUUGCAACCACCAGAACCACGUGCUGUCCAAAAUGCUGUUGAUUUCCUGAAGAUGAUUGGAGCACUUGAUGAAAGGGAGAAUAUGACAAAUCUUGGAGAGUUUCUAUCAAUGCUUCCAGUUGAUCCCAAGCUUGGAAAAAUGCUUGUAAUGGGGGCUAUCUUUCACUGUUUUGAUCCUAUUCUUACAAUAGUGUCAGGACUUAGCGUCAGGGAUCCAUUUCUGUUGCCUCAAGACAAAAAGGAUUUAGCAGGAACGGCAAAAUCAAGAUUUUCUGCAAAGGACUACAGUGAUCAUAUGGCACUUGUCCGUGCAUAUGAAGGUUGGAAAGAUGCAGAAAGGGAAGGAUCUGCAUACGAGUAUUGCUAUAGGAAUUUUCUUUCAGCACAAACUCUUCAGGCUAUUCACUCUCUCCGGAAGCAAUUUAGCUUUAUUCUAAAAGAUGCUGGUUUAUUAGCUCCAGAUGCUAGAACAAAUAAUAGUUUGAGCCACAAUCAGUCAUUGGUUCGUGCUAUCAUCUGUUCUGGCUUAUUUCCUGGUAUAGCAUCAGUUCUGCACAGAGAGUCUUCAAUGUCUUUCAAAACGAUGGAUGAUGGUCAAGUUUUACUCUAUGCAAAUUCUGUGAAUGCACGCUAUCAGACAAUCACAUACCCAUGGCUGGUAUUUGGUGAGAAAGUUAGGGUCAAUACUGUCUUUAUACGAGAUUCCACUGGUGUGUCUGACUCAAUAGUGAUACUUUUUGGUGGUACUCUUAACCGGGGCAUUAUGGCUGGACAUUUGAAAAUGCUGGAUGGCUAUAUUGAUUUCUUCAUGGAUCCUAGUUUGGCAGAUUGUUAUUGGAACCUUAAGGAUGAACUUGAUAAGCUUAUCUACAGGAAGCUGCAAAAUCCAAGCCUUGACAUUCACAAGGAAGGCAAGUACCUUAUGCUUGCUGUUCAGGAGUUGGUAUCAGGAGACCAAUGUGAAGGUAGAUUUAUUUUUGGUCGUGAAUACAGGAAGGCCAGGGACUCUAACGAAAACAGCCAAAAUAACAGCAGUUAUACCAAGGAUGGGAGCAACCCAAAAAGCUUGCUUCAGACUUUAUUGAUGAGGGCUGGUCAUAGCCCUCCAAAAUACAAAACGAAGCAUCUCAAGACUAAUGAGUUCAGGGCCCUGGUAGAGUUCAAAGGUAUGCAGUUUGUGGGAAAGCCCAAGAAAAACAAGCAGCUUGCAGAGAGGGAUGCUGCUAUAGAGGCAUUGGCCUGGCUGACACACACUUCUGACAGGAGGGAUGAUGAUGAUGAUGAAUCCCCACCUGAUGUCACGGACAACAUGUUAAAACUACUUGGUAGACGCAGGAAGCCAAAACGUCGCUCUGGUUGAUGUGGUAACUGGAAGAUGUUUCUGUUUGUUUCACUAAAAGAAGAUUCAUGGGGCUAUCAGAUAUUUGUUGGGUAAUUUCUGUAGAAUAACCAUUGGUUACAUUUGGGUUCUUGCUCUGGUGGUCAUGCUCUUGAUAUUUCCUGGAUCUCUGGAAUGAUACACGGCAUGGCACAUUGUUGGCAGCUGGUGUGGAGUAUUAUUAUUAUGUGAUUUUUCUUAUAUUUAUUUAUUUAUUUCAUUUUUUUAUUGGGGAGAGGGGUAUCACACUGGCUUCUAAUGUACUAAUUUCUUGUUGGGGAAAAACGAGGCCUCGAGAGGAGACACACCAUGGGAUCAUAAUAUACUGCCAAUGCAUGUAGUAGGCGACCAAGCGUGAGUAUGACCAUGUAAAUCACUUGAAGCAAUGUAAAUUAGGCACAGUUUGCAAGAAUGAAAAUUAUAGGUAUUUCUAAACCUUGUAUUUGCACUGUAAUAUUUGUACUAAGGAAAUUCUUUUCAAUAAGUUCUUAUAAGUAAUGUUACAUUUUAAUAGAUUA